AUGGCUGUCGACAAUGAUACCAAAGGAUGGAUCAUGACAUGCAUCAGUGGCAUUGCAUGUGUCAUUGGCUCUUCAAUUAUAUGCGUCGAUAUAGUGGCACGCCAGUUUCCACGCUGGCGAUACUUUUCGAUUUCCGAGAGUGAUGGGUUUCUAUCAGCGUCGCUAAGCCUCAGUUUCGGGGUCAUGCUGUUCUCCGCCCUAUACUCGAUGCUGCCACAGUCGAAGACGUAUUUUAUCGCCGCGGGCUAUUCGCCACGGGCAGCCUCAUACUUCCUGAUUGGGUUGUUUUUGGCCGGUGUCAUAGGCAUUCAAAUCUUCUCCCGUAUUCUGCAUCAAUUCAUCCCGUCACAUGUCGUGGACUGCGACCACAGUCAUGACGAUGAGGAGGCGAAGGACCACGAGGAAAUGUCAGAACAUGCACAGGAUGAUGAACAUACAAAAGGCCUCCCAAUAUCAAGAAAUCGCCCGGGGCAGACGGAAGAGGAAGAUGAAGACACUCCCUUGCUCUCACGAACCACAAGCCUCAGCCCCAAAAAGCCACAGUGCGAAAGACCUGGGGAGAAUGAAUCAGAGCGCCAGCCUACAUAUCACACCGCACAAACUCAUCGAAGGUCGUCCAUAAUGCCUAAAACGCUGUCGAGGACCCUCUCCAAAUAUAUGGGAAGUCGAAAGGAGAAUUGUGAUGAGACCGGUCCAUGCAUGGGAUUUUCAGACCCCUGUGGCCAGGACUGCUUCAAGGCUGUACAAAGACGAGGAUCUGUGCUACCAGGUCACGGCCCUUUCUUGCGCUCUCCCACGUGGCGCAGCAGUACGACCGAAGUACGUGUGGGCCCGACACUGGGAGAAGCCGACGAGAAUCCUCUGCAGAAUGGGUCGAGUCUCGGACGUCAUAUAACUGAGGACACCGAUACGAGGAGCUUCAAACCAGACUUACACCGUACCAGGUCGUCGACGCAUCACUUCCACCACCCCGCACACCAACACACAAGUAUAGGCGGGUCUGAACGUCGGCCGUCUCAGCAUUCGCACUCUUUCGGACAAGAACAUCAUCAUCAUGUACCCACGAAUGCAUUCAUGUCAAUUGGCCUACAAACUUCGUUGGCAAUUGCAUUGCACAAAGCACCGGAAGGCUUCAUUACAUAUGCAACCAAUCACGCAAAUCCUCAGCUUGGUUUUGCCGUUUUCAUGGCAUUAUUUAUCCACAACAUCACGGAAGGCUUCGCAAUGUCGCUGCCUCUUUAUCUCGCGCUCGGCUCCAGAUUGAAAGCCAUUGCGUGGUCGUCUUUCCUGGGCGGCAUUUCACAGCCACUCGGAGCCGCCAUUGCAGCUUUGUGGUUCAAAAUAGCCAACAGAAGCAACUUAGGUGCUCCAACCGAAGGAGUAUAUGGUGGCAUGUUCGCAGUCACGUCCGGCGUGAUGACCAGCGUCGCAUUAUCACUGUUCUCGGAAAGCCUGCAGCUCAGCCACAACAAGAGCACCUGUAUCGCCUUUGCGUUUUUGGGCAUGGGUAUUUUGGGCUUCAGCUUUGCGUUGACGGCCACAUAG